AUGAGCGACGGUUUUUCCCUGCUCUGCUAUCCAGUCUGGGGCGGUGCACCGUUACUUAGUGACCUUGGUGUGAACCCUUACGAGCUCACCACAAUGUCGACUCCUAGUUUGAGACGGGCGCGCCUUCCACACCCUGUGGAUAGUGACGCCGUCACGCGUGUCACAACCCUCGUACCUCACUACCCGGACAGAGGAGUUCCGUUACAAGUUGGCGCCACCCAACCCGGUGAUUCAUGGAGCCAGUUCGCGUCUACAACAACGACAAACUGUUGA